CAAAAGGUCUGGGUGCAUGCAGUACAAGCAGUCAAAGCGGCCAACUGAAGAAACCUCAAGCAUCUACACUUUUAAUUGAAUACUAUUCAUCAUGUUGACGCCGUCUAUAGUUAGACCCGCGGGUUAUUUUUACGCUCUGGGGAACACCCCGGCAGUCAACCUAGCUCGUAAUGUGCCGCCUGGUACUGACGCUGACAUCCUCCUACUCGGCUGUGGUGAUGUACGCAAUAUUCUCUACACCGCCUAUGCCAACAAAGACAGUCUAUCUAGGAAGUUCGAUAUCACGUGUUGCGAUGUCGACGACUCCAUUCUCACCCGCAAUAUAAUCUUUUUUUCUUUCCUCAUUGAUGAAAUAAAACCUAGGGACUAUAGCAAGCUGAGGGAUGCUUACUACCAUCUUUAUCUCAGUGGCUCAUCUUUGGAAUUUUUGCGAACACAGAUCCAAAAUCUUGUCGCAGAAGCCAAAUCGUGGAACUCGUGGCAGGAGAGCCGGUAUGGCUCCAUCAUCAAAUUCUGUGACAAGACUACCUUUGAGGCGUUCUGCUCGGUGAUUAAGCUCAUGUCACAGCUGUUGCUGCAAAGCGAGCCUCCUGUGGCAUUCAAAAAUAGCCUCGACGACUCCAAGGCCGAGAAGACUGCGCGACUUGGAGUCGAUGGAAAAGUCCACACCGGUGUGCGUUCUUCUGCCCCGCUGGCUAUACAGCCUGGCGCGGAUACUCUUGACGAUCUCAGGAUCUCUUUUGAGCAUUUCUGGGAGCACGGGACCACUACCAAGCAAGACCCUGAUAAUGUACCUACCGAACAUGCCAAUCCGAUGUUUUCGGGUCCUCUUAGUCACGGUGACAGAGUCCUGCAUUAUGCUACCGACCCUCUUCUGGGAUUUCAUCUUGCUACGGCUUAUGCACACCUUGCUGAGGGUUCGCCAUUAUCAGGCUCGGGCCAGAGUGUGCAGGGUAUAUCAAGGGCUGCCGAUACAGCAUUUGUUCAGUUUCAAGCCUGGGUUCGCGCACUGGUCGGCCUGAUUAGACGGGAAUCCCUGAUCAUCCGCCCAGUCAAUGCAGACGCCUUGGCUUUAUGUCACACCUUUCAACGCUGCAAUGCAUCAUCACGUAGUGAGCUCACAGCAAACCUCGUCCGCUCCCAACUCUCCGCAGAUAAGCUUGAGCUGGACCGGGACUGGUAUGGCCCAAAAGUAGCCGAGGCCUCGGCAGCGCCGAUUUUAUUUGAUGCCAUCGAUUCAUCAAACCUGUCCGAUCACCUCGGUGUGCUCAACAUUGUCAUGUCAUCUGGUCCGCUUCUCAAAGCCCGCCCCUGGUCCGCAAUUUCGACUGAGGCUCUGGCGAGUGUUACUACUGAGGGCAAAAGCUACUUUGAGGAACUUCUAUGUGGCGACACUCUGGCUGUUGGUGCAGCUCUUGGACUCACCGUCUCGGAGUACUGGACCAACUCGACAGUCACAAGUGAUGUUCAGGAAGCACUCGGCACUGCGCUCAGAGCAGAAAAGAACGCUAAGAUGUUUCCCUACCGUAUGACGUGGGUUCCUGAUUCACAGUUUGCUUGCCAUGGUAACCUAUCGCCGUUGCUUGUCAAGAUGGAUAUACAAGGGGCUGUGGCAAUGGUUUGGCAUGCAUAUCUCAACAUGUUUCAGCAGGAGAAUGCACAAGAGCUGCUCAGAGGCUCACCAGAGCAGCGUAAAAGGAAACUGCAGAGCGCAUCUAUGCCGUGCUACCACCGCGGUACGUUUUUGGCCUUCGUCAAGGCUCUCGUAGCCCGGGUUCAGACAGACUGGGGAAAAGUAUGCAAAGAAAUUCUCGACCGGGUCUACAAGGACACUUCGAUCAUGAUGGGUAACAACUAUUCCCAAGAACUCGCCUCUCAGAUGCAUAUUCAGGGUCUGCAUACAGAAUCAUGGCUCAGGAGCGAGAUCAGGCUCUCGAAUUCCCACAACGGCCUCACCUUCGCUGCGUGGAAGAAAAUUCCAGAAGUUAUUGCAGUAUCUCUCGUUGUCCCGAUCGAGAAGCUCAAGAAACUGUUCGCCGGGCUACCAAUGCAACGUGCUGCACUUCCUCUCCAAGCAACCAUCAAAUCUAGUCAGGGUCAAUGGACCAACUACUUUGGCGACUUGCAGCUUGGCUUCGGCAAAGUCGAGAUCCAUGGAGCACCAGAGAAUGAUGAUUUUGCCAUCGCGGUCAAAGCAUCAGAGGGAGAGGGAGGAUGGAAUGGAAAUUUGCCCGUUGUAGCUUCGUUCUACUGUCCUACUGCUGCCCUGCAAGUCGAGCCUCACACAGCGCAGAUCAGCCUCGAUGUACAGCCCACAUUGCAAGCAAUCCAAACGUUUGCCGGGAAACCCGGAAGCCCUAUGCAAAUAUUCCAGACAGUCACUGGGAAUGCAUCUGCAGUAUUCUUUACACGCUACCUACCGAAUCAGGAGGCAUAUCCAAUCUAUUCAAGUAGUCCGGCUACUGGAUCAACAUCUGCAGAGCGAGACACAACUAUAUCUCUGAGCCUUGAUGCUGACACUAGCACAGGCAAGAUGUCUUCAUUGACCGGGCGUGUUAAUAUCACCGAUGACGAUGGCAUGAGACUCCUCACAGAGAAAGUGCCUAUUUAUAUUCGCCAGACAACACCGUUCGUCAUCGAGAUAGUUUUCGGUGAUGAGGACAAGGUGUACCCCUUACAUUUCAUCCUGCCGAUCGAAAAGGAGGGAUCCAAGACUCGAAUAGCACGGAAGUCAUCAUACGUCGAAGUUGUCGCGCCUGUCUCCAAUCCAAUCACGUCACCACAACUACAAGAUUUUAUCACUCCCAUGACCCUGACAUCCCACUUAUCAAUUCCAACCAUUGUUUCAGGGGCCCUGCCCUACGUCAACCUCAACACUCUACCAGUUCUAGACAUCUCUGACAAGGGCGCACUGCGCUGGCUCGUCACUCUGGCCUCACACACAUUCAGCAGUCGGGAGCGCCGCAUCCGAGAACGGAUCAUGUCCGACACUCAAACCGUGCCUGCGGCACAGGCACUCCGCACAAACUUCAAGGAGUCCCUUUUCACCAUGUUUAUGUUGUCCUCUGGCCUUCAGGGUGACCAGACGGGCCUUUUUGCCAUCGAACGCGCAGGCAACGACGGGCCGGGCAGCGGCUCGGUGCAGAUGAUCGUGGCCGUAUCGGCCCUCCGCCUAGAUGCCGCGGCAGCCGGCGUCGUGGCAGACGCAGCCGUGCUGCCGUUGACUCGUGCCAUUGUGGCCGGGGACGUGGACCUGCGCGCAUUCCUGGCCAUGUUGCCCAGCUUCCAGGUCUGCUACGUGUCGGCCGACGAUGCGGAGCUCGCGCUCUGGCGCAGGGUGCUGCCGGCGCUGGCGGAGCGCUGUCGGACGUGGCCUCACGGCGAAGACUGCGAGUACAAGGCCGCCGGUGCGACGAUCCCCCUGCCUGGAGAGCACGGACAGCACGGGGGUGGGAGCGCGGUGGUUUGCUCCUGCGGCAGGGGAAAGCUGCCCGAGGCGUUUGUCGCGCUGCCCGAGUGGGAUUCGACGGCCGCCCAGUACGCGACGCGGAUCGCCAUCAGUCCGCUGUUUUCCGUGCCCUUUGUCGAGGAAAUCGUCGACAAGGCCGUGGUUGAGGCGCUCAAACGCAAGGCGGAGGACCUCGACGUGGCGGACGUGGUGGAUACGUGCCGAACCUGUGGGAAGCCUGAAAGUCCGCAGCAGAAGCUGAAUCGAUGCAAGGCAUGCUUGGAGGUCAAGUACUGCUCGGUUGAUUGCCAGCGGGCGGACUGGAAGACGAGACACAAGCGCGAGUGCCAACCUGCGCAGUCUUGA